AUGCCGUUGAGUGACUCGAAAAAGCGCCUGGCGCUGUCGAUAAUAGACUUCCUCUCGACCUCUCUCAAAGAUGGCACUCUCAGUGCCGACGAUGCCGACAAUAUCGAAAUCGCGAGCAAUUGUAUUGCCGAGGCCUUCAAGGUCGACCCGGCCGACAAAGCGGCCGUCUCAGAAGCCGUCGGAUCACAGUCUCUCCUCAACAUCUUCCAAGUCUACGAGAAGCUGAAGGGCAAAGGCUCAGGUUCGAGCUCUGAUACCGCCCCUCCCCCUAAACCCGCAGAACCAAGCCCUAUCAACCCAGAAGCCGAAAAGCUCAAGAGUGCUGGAAAUGCUGCUAUGCAACAGAAGGACUACAAGACCGCAAUCGCGAAAUACACUGAAGCCAUCAAAUUCGCUCCUACGAAUCCCAUCUACCUCUCCAACCGUGCUGCCGCAUACUCUGCAAGCGGCGACCAUGCAUCCGCGGUCAAAGACGCCGAACUAGCCGUCGCGGCUGACCCCAAGUAUACGAAGGCAUGGUCUAGAUUGGGCCUGGCGAGGUUCGCCAUGGGCGACGCCAAAGGAAGUGUCGAGGCCUAUCAACAAGGCAUCGACUUUGAAGGCAAUGGAGGCAGCGAGGCAAUGAGAAAAGGCCUAGAGACUGCGAAGAAAGAACUGGCCCGCAUGGAAGCCGAGGAAGCCAACAUGCCCGAGGAUGCGGUGGACGAUGCCCCCGGAAACACUAGAGGUGGCGGUGGAAUGCCAGAUCUGUCGAGUCUGGCCGGCAUGUUUGGAGGGGGUGGAGGUGGAGGUGGAGGUGGAGGCGCAGGCGGCGGUGGUUUCGACUUUGCGAGCAUCAUGAACAACCCCAUGUUUGCGUCCAUGGCGCAGAACCUCAUGCGCAACCCCGAAGCAUUGAGUGGCCUCAUGAACAACCCGACCAUUCAGAACAUGAUGAACAGUCGGCGAGAAGGAGGUGGAGGCGGAGGAGGCGGUGGCAUGCCCGACCUGAGCCAGAUACAGCAAAUGAUGCAGGAUCCUGCUCUCGCUAACCUGGCUCAACAAUUCAUGGGCGGCGGUGCUGGUAGAGGCGCAGGAGCAGGACGAGGCGCCGGCAAUCAAUAA